AUGCUGCUAGAGGUUAUUCGACUUGGAAUUUCUUGUGGGACUGCAGGAACAUCAUUACCGAUCAUAUUUCUUGGUGCAUUGGCAAUGGCCAUAUGGCUAUGUUCUGGAGCGACUCAUGGGAAGCUGAAUUUUGAUGGAGCGAGCAGAGGGAAUCCUAGGAUUUCAGGUAUUCGUGCAGUCAUUAGAGAUUCCUCUGGAGAAUUGAUGGGAGGCUUGCUUGGGAGUUCGGGAUUUGCCACAAAUAAUGAAGCAGAGAUAAGGGCAGUGGUGGCUGGAUUGGACUUAUGUGUUCAGAAAGGGUAUGACAAAGUCAUUAUUGAAGGAGACUCACAGAUUAUCGUUAACGAUAUUUCAAAAUCUAGCUUUCAAAAUUGGAAACUAGGUAAGUGGAUACCUUAUAUUAAUAAGCUUCUGGGAUCUAUUAACUCUUUUGAACUCAAACAAACUUUUAGGGAAGGAAAUAAGGUGGCUGAUCUUUUGGCCAAUGUUGGGAUUGAUAAGGAUCUUAGUACAAUCAUAUUCAACAAAGAGGUUAUAGACAAAGUAGUUUUGGAAGCCAUUCUAAAUGAGAUCCCAGAUUUGACUCGUAUGGGGGUUGGUUAG